AUGGCACUUCCAUCCAAGGCUUCGCCUCUGGGGCCGCGAACUGCGCAGCCUUCACGUCCAGCCACAUCAACUACUGACAAAAUCAACGCCGAAAUUCGGGCUCGCUCGGCAAAAAAAUUCAAAUAUCAGCCAUGGCUGAAGAAGAAACCAGUCCAGACAAGCCAGAUGCUGCGACUGAGACGGAAAUAUUACGGAAUAGAGUUGCACUUCUACUGGCAAGUGCUCAACGCCAACGUGAUGGGCAAGAAGAAUCGCUCCAUCAACAAAUUCUUCCUCGAGCCCAUGACCGCUGUCGCCACCAACAACCCCGCCUACGACAAGAUCGUCAAGACGCCGAUGGAUUUCGGCAAGAUCAGAAGAAACUGGGACCAGGGCGUGUACGGCGGCCAUGCGUACGGCCUGGUGAGCGACUUCGAUCUGAUGAUCGACAAUUCCCUGAACUACUACCCCAGGGGCCACCGAAUUCACAACGCUGCGAAGAAGCUGCGCAAGAUCUACGAGGAUGAGUGUGCCGAGUGGUCCAGUUGGAUGAGCAAGGCGAUCACUAUCGCCAGAGGGGACGGACGGGAGCUCUCUAAGAGCCUGGUUGAAAUGGAGGAGGGUUAUUGA